AUGGACAUCCUGACUGAAAGAAUAUCAGAGUUUGCUAAUUACCAUCCCUUGGUACAGCUGCUACCGUCCUACGUUAAAGACACGACCCAUUUUCUCAACAUACUUAAGGAAAUCGACGUCCUCCCCACCAAUGCUAUACUCGUCACCCUCAGUCGUUUCUUCUCUGUACACAAACAUUCCAACCUACGAAGGAAUCGACGUAUCCAGAAUAGCUCUUAGCCAAAGAACUGACAGAUCUGUUCGAUCCUACAGAAUCCAUUUGUGAUCCGGCAUCCGCAUGAUUGUACUGAACCAUGAACAAUUUGUCGACAUGCAAUCAUGAACAUUUUAUACAACGACAUGGUACAGCUAUAGACACACAAAUUGCUCCAGCCACGUAAGGUAAGUUGUUCAUGGGGGAUUUCGAAAGGAAAGCGUUGCAAAAUUACCCUGACAAACCUCAAGUUUCACGAAGUUUGGCUCAGGUAUAUUGAUGACAUCUUAAUGGUUUGGACACAUGGUGAAGAAACGCUGGUCGAGUUUUUAAAGUACCUUAACAACAUACACCCUAUGAUUAAAUUCACUAGUGAACGCUCAACAACGUCUAUUUCUCUCUUAGAUGUAAACAUUCAACUCCGCGAAGGUAAAAUAGAAACUUAUCUUUACAGAUAAACACCAAUUCUUACUGCACUCUUCAAGCCACCCAUAUCACACUAAAAAGUCUAUUCCCGGCCUACUACAGCCUAGCUCUUCGCUUACGCUGCAUUCACGGCUCCACGCGGGAUAAUUUCUUUGAAACCCGAUCAUCUGAAUUUGAAACUAAAGUUACCUUAUAUAACGAGGCUACGAAAAACUAUUCGUUAAAGCACAAAUCACCAGAGCAAAACUGAUACUUCGAAAUGAAGCCUUAAAAGCAUAAACCAGCCGCUAGAGCACCCAGAGAUACAAGUGACCGAAUCCCUUUCACAAUUACCUAUAAUACAGUUCUACCUAACAUCCAUGACAAACUACUCGCAAGAAACAACCCAUUCUGCAAUCCACCGAACGCUUAAAAGCAUCUUUAAAUAAGUACCUUUCUUCACUUUCGUCCGGUGUUCAGCAAACCUUCGUGACCUACUCGUUCGAGCGAAACUCGCAAACGACGACAAAAAUCCAAAGCUCCCCGCCAGCACAUUCCGUUGCAACUUCAGACAUGGCUGCCUCACCUGCCCAUACAUUAGCCAUGGAAAAACAUCAUACACUUUCACCAACACGGGGAAACAAGACAAAUUAAAACAUCACAUUACUUGUCGGACUCAACAAACCUAACAUUUAUGAUCCAGUGUAGAAGAUGUAAAAACAAUAUAUAGGCGAAACUAAACUCACACUUAGUGAACGCUUUAAAGAACAUAGACAAGCAACAAACAAUCCACUCCACGCAAACGCCACAGCAGCAGUCCCUUCCCACUUUAAUCAGUGCAAAGAACCUCCAAAGAUAAUAAUGUUUUAGGUUAUAAUGGCCGAUACCCUACGCAUGCGCACAACCAUAUCACCCGGGCAGUGGCAGCCAUGGACAGCUGUUUCGCCCCUCUUGUGGCUAAUCAGCUUGGCAUAGCCAUAGCACGGAGUUGGUACGUGUGCUUCAGUGCUUUCUUUGAGCACUUUAAUCAACCUGGCCACUCGAUCGCAGACAAGGAACUUAUGCCGCUGGAAUUACAACCCACUUUCAGCGUGUCCGCCGUAAGGCAAGAGAAGCGUACCUCAUAGAUAGAGGCAAAACCCUGUCACCAGAUGGUCGGAACCGAAGAAAUGAACAUUUUUAAGUCUAUUUUUAUUGUAUAAUCAUUUACCUGUUUAUUAUUCUCUAGUAUUUAUAAUUGUAGUUAUAUGACCACUUAUUUAAAUUUUGAAUUUAAAUUUUAGGAGCCGUUAAAAAAUAUUUUCUCUUGUUAUAGCUCUAACCCUGAGGAAGGUUUAUUUUGUUAGCCGAAAUAUUGCCCUACAAUAAAUCAGCCCUAGUGCCGUAAUGCCAACCCUGCAUUCAGUUUUGUUUCUCUAUUAAGCCCACCCCACUCUCAAAUAAGCCCUUCUCAUGGGCGUAGCGUGAGAUUUUGAAGGUGUACGCACGAGAAGAAUUAAAGUGAGAGCGCCGAAAGCGCUUUAAACUAGGGAGUUUUGGGGGCUUCCUCCCGGAGAAAAUACUUCAAUUGGGGACCUCGAAAAUGCCAGAAAUAAGAAGGAAAAUGCAGUAGCUUAUCUCUGGUGUCAUCGGUAAGGUACAGUGUUUACGAGGAAAAGGGGCUAGAACGUUAAAGUUGAUCGUCCCUGAGCUUUUACUUUUACGCGUGACACUUCAUACAUGCUCUAUGUUAUUUACGCGAGUGAAUUACAGCGCAUGCGCACGUACGGUAGAAAUAUCGCGACAGUGUAAGUCUACCUAACAGAUAGAGUGUUUUCACGUGACGUCACGGCGGCCAUAUUGGUGUCCCAAAACAAUGAAACGGCGGCCAUGUUGGUGUCCCAAACCAAUCCUGUGGGAGUUGAACUCUUUUCUUAUGCAAACGCUUUCUUUUGUUCCAAUAAAUUUGCGUAGAUGCUGGCCACGUGAGUGAAAACACUCUAUUGACUCUAAUGGCAUGAAAAAUCAGUCAUGCCGAUUUAAUGAUAGAAAAGCGUUUUCAGGAAGUAAAAAAAAUAUUUUUUUUUUCUAGAUUUCCUAUAUACACACUGGCUCCGCCCCCACCCCUUUUCAGGGGAAAGCCUUUUUAAGCCCCUCGCCCAUCUCACCACCCCUUAUUCUUAUGAUAGAGUAAGCUGAUUCACGUGGACUGAUCCGGUAUUCUCAAUUUUUCAAUCGGAUCACCAUUGGAAGUUCGGAUUUGGUUUUGAUCUUAGGUUUCAUGACCUCCAUCUUCAUCUAUGAGCUUUUUGUUUUCCACUUUACGUUCUAGUUCUUUAUGGAAAAUUGAUACCAUCUUCUGUUUAUUUUAAAUUGAAUCAAUUAAGAGUACCUUUUCGCUAAACUGAAUAAGCCUCCCCACUCUACUGCAGCAGUACUAAAUGUCGAUGCUAGGCAAAAGGAGGGAAAUUUUGCAUUUCGAACAGUUUCAUAUACCGCCAUUUUUGAUAGACAAGGUGCCCCUUUCGUAUACCUUCCAUUGAAAAACUGAACCCCUUUAACAUGCCUUCUUCAGUAAAAAUAAAUCGCUUGAACAGGAAGUUUUCUUGUCAUUUUGUUAAAUGUUUAAUAAAUUCAGUAAAAUGAUUUAGCCAUAAGGUCCGUCUGUUCAAAACAUUUUAAUUAGAAGUCCUUUAUAAUUAUUUUAAAUACUUGAAUGAUAGAUUUUCCUACCCUUUCAUAUAUACCUCAAAUCUUGAAAUCCCUACCGCCGUUGAUAUACUUAAGGCCUGAUAAAGGUACACCCCUUUCAGGCGGAGCCUUGGCACAAAUAUACUCCAGCCUUCCUGAGAGUAAGUUAUUGUUAAAAGCGUGCUUUCUGCAGAAGUCUCGAUGGUGAAAUCGAGGAAAAUGACAACAGGAAUUGAGCCAUUGUAAUCAUACGUUCUUUUAAUUAGUGUUGAAAUAAUGUGCUCAUUAUUAAUAGCCUGUUCCAGGCGUUCAGAAUGUGGUCCAGGAUCUUUACUAAAGGCGAGAUUCCAAGGCUGCUGGGAAGAGGAAGUGUAGCUGUCUACUCCCUUUCGCUUUUGUAAAAUUGAAAAAUAAUUGACAACGCACUUGAUAUACAAAAAUACGUGUAACACCGAUAAUGUUUGCCAUCAUGCCAGUUAUAUCGAGGUUCCAUCGUAAAAAGCUGAAAGAUGUUUUUUGAAUUCUAACUCACUGAAAGCCACCCGAACUGGAAGAAAGGUACCUCGUGUACGCGAUCGGAAUGACCAAGCAUUUAGAAAGGACUAUAUAAAUGAAGAUGGCUGACAUAGACACAAAUAGCCCUUCGUCACUUUGUCGCUUUGCGUGACUUGGGGUACAAGUACUCGAUUUUACGAUAUAUUUCUUGCAGCUUCUUUAGUUUUUGGAAUAUCAGUUUCAGUUGACUACACUCUAUGUGGUGUUCUGGCAUAAGUAUUAUCAGAAGUCGAUGAAAACAAACAUCAUCACAGAAUGAUGUAAAAAUCCUGAUUUUUCCUAUCCCUAUCUCAUUUUGGUCAGUAUUAGAGACUUUCAAACAAAAUCAGGGCGAUCCCGAAGAAAUUGGGAUGGCUGGACAGUCUGCUGAGAGAUAAUUAAUACAGUCACCCAUAUACAACAAUGCUAUGUUUAUGGUUUUGAACUAUAUCCUCGUUGGGUGCCCCUGAUUUUGGUCAGUAUUAGAGAUUUUCAAACAAAAUCGGGGCGAUCCCGAAGAAAUUGGGAUGGCUGGACAGUCUGCUGAGAGAUACCGUAAAAUUCCGAAAAUAAGCCCCAGGGCUUAUAUUUUUCAAAGGCCCUUUUUGAGGGGCUUAUUUUUGGAGGGGCUUAUAUUCGGAGGGGCUUAUCUAAGGAGGGAAAUUUGUGUCUCAAAAUCGAUUGGGAUAGCCUUAUAGUUGGAAGUAAAUCUACCGAUUUUGCUUUGUUUUACUUUGUAUUUGAGGGCAAUUUUCCAAGUACAAGCCCCCAGGGGGCUUAUAUUUGGAGGGGCAAUUUAACGGAGGGUUUUUUGCGUUACCGGUUUGGGGGGCUUAUAUUUGGAGGGGCUUAUACAUGGAGGGGCUUAUUUUCGAAAUUUUACGGUAAUUAAUACAGUCACCCAGAUACAGGAUGUUUGUAUAAGCUUUGGUGCACCGCAAUCAGUGAGCUUAACCCCUGGCGAACUUCUGCCUGCACACAUUUCGAUCGCUUUGUCAACAUACAUUUAUAUAUCCCAAAAGAUCUUUAAAACCUCGUGUCUAAAUGCAAAAUACCAAAACCCUAAGAAAUACAAGAUACUAGUAGUAUACCUGCCGAUAAAAAGACCCCGGACACCCGAAUACCCAAAACCCCUGGCCGGGCAUGAUAUCUUUCAUUCCGUCUGCAAUCUAUGAAUGAAGUUCGGAAACAAGUUUCUUACACACACUUUCCUCCUAUACUUUACGGUAUAUUUCCCACACAAUUAAUUGCCCUCCCUAUUUGCCCCAAAUAAGAUGAAGUUUAAGCUCUGUUUUCAAAGAGGCUAUGAGGGUGGCCAACUAUCACGUAGAGGAUUGAUCUCUUCCGAGUUUACAGCGAUUGAGGUGAUUAGGUUGUUCCGGCUAAGGGAUGCAUUCUGUUUUCUUUAUUCAAAAGGAAGAUUAGUAUCAUCACGUUUGAGUUUGAAUUACCGGUAAAUUUGCUGAUUCACUAUACUGUCUAUCAUUAGCUAUUCUCUUCUUCUAUUACCGUUUAGUAAAAUCCAACUAGUGGUCUAUUAUCAAUGCUGCAUUCUGAUUACUUGAGCUACUACUAGGCUAUAUGUUAUAGCCCACUAGUAGCGAAAAGUGCGGGCUGUUUGGCGGCAUAAAAGGUUUAAGGUCUAACUUUAGCUAGCUAAAAAUUUUUUAUUCUCGAUAUUUUUGACCAAAUAGUUGGGUUUUACUAAAACAAUUAUUCCUCUCGCGCUUAUGGCCUCUGAGUCAAUAGCCCAUUCGGCCUUCGGUCUCAUGGUACUCAGAGCCCAUUCGGGCUCUAGGAAUAAUUGUUAAAUAUCCUCUACUUGCCGAUGACGUCAAAGACAAAACAAACUUACAACUACCUACCUCCUCAAAAUCCAAAAGCUGGUCGUUUUGACAUUCUACCUAAGAUUCACAAGCCUGGAAACCCAGGCCGGACGGCCCAUGGUCUCAGCCAAUGGACAUCCUGACUGAAAGAAUAUCAGAGUUUGUUAGCUACUAUCCCUUGGUACAGCUGCUACCGUCCUACGUUAAAGACACGACCCAUUUUCUCAACAUACUUAAGGAAAUCGACGUCCUCCCCACCAAUGCUAUACUCGUCACCCUCAGUCGUUUCUUCUCUGUACACAAACAUUCCAACCAACGAAGGAAUCGACGUAUCCACAAUAGCUCUUAGCCAAAGGACUGACAGAUCUGUUCGAUCCUACAGAAUCCAUUUGUGA